GCCUGGCUGCUCAGAGAGGAUGCUUAGCUGUAGCAAAGCUCUUUGGAGAUUGUUCCGUCUUGAAUGAAGGGAGGACCCAGCAUUGCUGAAGGGGACUGAGCUUCCCAUUUUUAGAUGCAUUCCCACUCCGUAUGCAGCAAUUCCUCUCUGGCUGACAUCAUUGUAUCGACAGGGCUAUUUAAGCUGACCCAGGACAGAAAGAGUGUGAGCUUUGAAAGGACCUCACCUACAAGUGCUGUUUCUGCUGCUGGCUGUGCCUCCCCUCUGCUCUCGCAAGGAGACCCUCAAGCAGCAUGGCCCCCAAGAAGGACUUCCCUGUGAAGCGGCCGGUAGCCCCACCUGCCAAACCAGCAGCUAAACCAGCCGGGCCAAAGCCAGGAUUCCUGGCAGGUAAAAGCAAAGUGCCAGAAACAGCACCGGCACCGGCACCAACAGCACCGGCACCAGAGAAGCCCAAGGAGCCGCCCAUCGACCUUUCCAAAGUGGUGAUUGAGUUCACCAAAGAGCAGUUGGAAGAUUACAAGGAGGCCUUUGGGCUCUUUGAUCGGGUCGGCGAUGGUAAAAUCCAGUUGAGCCAGUGUGGAGAUGUGAUGAGGGCAUUGGGCCAGAAUCCUACUAAUGCUGAAAUCCGGAAAGUCCUGGGACAUCCAAAGCCUGACGAGCUGAAUUCUAAACGGGUGGAGUUUGAAGAGUUCCUGCCAAUGCUGCAGACAGUUGCCAAGAACAAAGAUCAAGGCACCUAUGAAGAUUAUGUGGAGGGGCUCCGAGUCUUUGAUAAGGAGGGGAACGGAACCGUCAUGGGGGCAGAAUUGCGCCAUGUCCUUUCCACACUGGGUGAGAAAAUGACAGAAGACGAAGUGGAUUCUCUAUUAUCAGGGCAUGAAGAUGCUAAUGGUUGCAUUAAUUAUGAAGCAUUUGUCAAACAUAUCAUGGCAAGCUGAGCUGGAGGUCUAUGAGCAGUGCUGCUCAAGAUGCUGUCUUCAGAUACAACUCCUCAGCCUACAGUCCUUAAUGGCCGUCACUUUCCUGUUUUUUUCUACCUUUGUACACACACAAUCUGCAGCCCAGACAUUUUUCCCAGUAGACCGUAAAGAUAUCUUUAUAAAUACCGAAUUGGUGAAACAUCAGUACCUCAGUCAGUGAUCAUCUAUGGAACCAGAAGGGAGCAGCAGCAACAGCAGCAGCAGCAAAUUUCACAAUUUUUGUGUGGAGAAAUCCACUUGCUUAAAUCAUCUGACUCUACAAACUACUCAUUUUUCUAAACAAUAAAGUUUUUGAUUUUCA